CAACACAGCUCUCCAAUCUACAGCCAAUACACUGAGGAACCUCAGCUGCGCCAGGACACCGUUGCAAAGCUCUUGCGAACAUCCAAACGAGGACCAGUCCUACCAGGGAAACUACUUUGUGUUUAAAAGAUACACUUGGAAGACAACUCGUCUCUCUCCGCUCUUGUUUCUCUACACCGGUAGAAACUCCGAUUCCCUUUCGUGCCACAAUGUCCGAGGUGUUGCCAUACAACGAAGGCAAAAUGAGCGGCUACGGAGCAGACAGCGAGGUCAACCAGAUGUCCUUUAGCUGCGGACUGCAGGACACAAGCGCGUUUUUCGCUGCGUCGCAAGGAAAGAGGCCCCCAAAGCUUGGGCAGAUUGGCAGAGCGAAGAGAGUGGUGAUCGAGGACGACCGAAUAGAUGAGGUACUCAAGGGCAUGACAGAAAAGUCUUCACCCGGGGUUUAAACCUGACCGAUGCCUUGCAGACUUUUUUAAUUUUGAUCACCGAUUUGAAGCACUUGUCGGCUGUGCAUGUUCGAGGAGGAUUUGAAGGAGGAAAACGACUGCACGAAGCGAUGGAUGAGGAGGAAGAGAAGACGGAUAGUGUGAUGAAGGGGUGACACACAGACAUGUGAAGAGGAGAGGAAGAAGAUAUGAUACAAGGAAAAUGUAAAAGGUAGAGACUCAGGAGGAGACUUAUCUUUGGGAUUGCUGGCAAUUCUCCAAAACGAAUCCCGAUUUGAAGAUGUUGAGAUGGCGGAAACGCUCUGUAUCUCAAUCUCUGCGGACUUUGAUGACGGAUGAACUUCAUUAUUUUCAUGACCAUGUCUCUUCUAAUUUUCUUUCCAAAAAGCGCUGUAAACAAACAAAGGCUUGCCACUCAAGGCUGAAGUAAGAUCCAAGCCCUUUUCACAAUGUUGUACAGAAGCUAGGCUGUAGCCCCUUCCCCCUGCUUCGUCUAGGCUUUGCUUCAUGGAUUCAGUCAGCCUAGGGAGCUGUCCUUUCAGCACCGGUCCCAUGCAUUCCUAUUGCUACUGACGCUUUGUCUAAAAUACACAAACCCAACAAUAGCAGAGUCUUCUUUACAAAAGAGACCUGUUGUCUUUGUAAAAACAUAUAUUCAACUAUGGUGCAAUGUUAAUAUUUCCUGUUGUAGUUUUGCCCCUAAACACUGCAUUAGGUCACAGCCAGACUGACCCUAACUUGUCUCAGAGGUGCAGGAAGGCGCCUUCAUGUAGCUCAUUUGCCUGCACAUAUCUACCUUAUGGCAUUGUUUCGAACAUUUUACCACGUAUCUACACAGGCCAGCAGAGAUCUAGAGAUGGAAGUCUGUGUCUAUUUAAAGAUGGAAAAUACAGUAUAUAAUUUGAUCUUUGGUUUUGGCACUCUUGUGUUUGGCCCUCUAUGAAUAGUUUUUCCAUCUCUGCAUGAAGUGUCACUCUGGUGCCAACAAAGGUGCCACCACUCUUACCCUGGCACGUUUCUUUUUAACAAAAGUCAUAUUUGUAUUUUUAUAUCUAAAUAUUUGUUAUUUAAAUGGUAUGCUAGUCUAUCGUCUUAAAAUUCAUCAACACAAAUAUUUCUUACUGAGAGAGGAUAUACAGAAUGAGACUAGGCCUGAUGUGGGUGAAUUCAGGAUUUGGUCUCAUCCUAUAUCAGCGGUGGACUUUUUUAAAAGACUAAUUGAAUGUGUCUGGAGUUUUUGCACACAUCAAUGUUAAACUAUUAUUAAGAAAUCGUAUACUGUGACUUGAGCUCUGUUGAUGAAUCUGUUAGAAAAUGGCAGUUUUAGAGUAUAUUGCACUGUUUACAGUAUUCUCAAAUAACAUGUGGUUAUUUGAACCAUUUUAAACAUACCGUUUUGUUUUUGUUUGUUUUU